AUGCUGACGUCCUUGCUGCUCUCGCGGCUGAAUGCCGCCUUGUCUUCCGUCUUCCAGGACAUCCAGAGAGAUCAGCUGAAUUUCUCCCUUCUCGCGGGGGAGCUCUGUCUCGAAAAGCUUCGCCUCAAAGACAACGUUCUCCUGCCCUUCUCCUUCCCCCUGCAAGUCACCUACGGCUGCAUCCGGUCACUCCGGAUCAAGCUGAAUCUCUUGCGGCUUCUCUCGCGACCCGUGACCAUCGAGGUCAAAGACAUUCUCACGGUAGUGACGACUCUGCCGGCAAAUGAAUGGAGCGUGGAAGUCGAAGAAGAAAACUGGAAGAACGCGAAACAGUUACUUCUUGUCUCUGAUGAGUGGCUCACGUUUCUGCGGGGCAGCGACGGAGGCGGAGGCUCCUUUUUUACGCGUCUUGCCGCCAGUGUUAUAAGGCGCAUAGAGCUUUAUGCGACGCGGAUCGAGCUACGCAUCGAGGAGGGGGAGAUUCGUGAAGGCGGGCGUAUCUUUGCUUUAGGCUGGAGGACCGAGCGGAUCCACACGCUUUACUGCGAGCAAGAGGUACAUGCGUUGGGUCAUGUGGACGACACACGGUCUACUUCACGGGAGUCGGCUUCUUCACAUUCCUCUCACGUGCAUGCAACAGCCGCGCGCGAAGCCGCGUUCGGCAGUCACCUGCCGCUCUCAGGUGGUGAGUUGCCGGGGGCAGAUCCUUCCAUUGUCGGGCCGGAGUCGGAGGAAGCGACGACGCUCGCUCAGGAUGACAUUCGUGCUUCCUUGCAGCAAGGUUUCGUCUCCUCACGGUCGCAAGAGUUGCUCAAUCCCUGCGCCGACCAAGAUCUAGGAGAGGACGAUAGCGAGCUCUGGGCAGAUGCCAGCGACGGACGAGACAGCACGCUGGGCGCGUGCAGCUCCAGUACUCAGCAGAGUGAAAAAGGAAGAAACGGAAGGGGCGAUGCUUCGCGGAUUCUGAGCGGCGCGAGCGCCUGUGGAGAGAGGGAAGCGACAGACAAACCCGAGCAGGAGGAGUGGAGGCUACGCGGAGCUCUGGAUGCCGAAGAAGGCGAGAGGGCGGGCAUCGACCUUCCAAGACUGGAGAGGGUGUCGAAUCCGGAUACAGAGAUCAGCGGGGAUCGGCAGAGCCUCACUGGUGAAGACAGCUCGGUCCCGGGGCGUGGGCGUCCUUCGUCUUACUCGUCUCUUGAUUCUGUGCCAAGUGGUAGAGGAACUCAGGAAGGGCGACAAGCGGGGACACAGGAGGCGCCUCGCUCGUGGCGGCAUGCCGCGUGGCAGCGCUUGGGGACCAGGUUGCCGUUUGCAAGGACAGAAGAUGCUGCGCAUUCGCCUUCAUCGCGGGCGACAAGAUCGCUCUUUCACGCCAGCCAGGUGGGGACCAGGGGGGAAAGUGGCUCACCUCGCCGUCUGCCAGCUGUGCCGCCUCGCCCCAGUUUUCUCCCUCCGCCGCAGCCGGCGUGGGCUUCUGCUCAAACUCCGGAGGGUGUAGGGGGACAGCGAGGGGGGGGCCACACCGGUGGAGAACUGGGGUCGACAAGGGCGCCUCCGUGGCUCCGCCCCUGGUCUUCGUUUUCUCUGCUCUCUCGUAAAGGUUUUCAAAAUCUGCCGUCUUUGUUAUCUGCGUACUGUCCUCCGUUUGCUCGCCGAUCGUGGGGUCGCAUGCGAUCGGAAUCCGCAGGCGAAGCGACGCUUCCGAGAGAUGGGAACAACAUGUGCUCUCGGAGCAUCGGUCUCUCCGCCUCUCCCGUCUAUUUCAAAAAAAUUGAAUUCGUCAAUUCUGCUAUCUACCUCGACCAACUGGAUCCACGCGGUCCCCUCAGUCCUUGGAUCCCGCAUCCUGCUGCGUACCGUCGCCUUCUCCUUUCAGAGAAAAGACCGGGUGCACGACCGGCGGAGGCGGCCGCUUCUCACCAGAGUCCCGUUCCUAUCACUGGACGCUCCCCGCCCUCUCGGGGAGAUGCAGAAACAGUGGAAGCCGGGCUGGAGUGUGGCGUGAACCUCCGACGGACUCCACUGCCUGGAGAGCCAUCGUAUGAGCCGCUCUCCCCGUCGACGCCGCCGCCCUCGUCCUUGCCUCUGCCACGUGCACCAACUCUGGGCCAGUCAGCUGAUGCUGGUGGCGGCGCCGCGGCGCAUGCACUCACGGAAGGCGAGGCAGAAGGUGAGAGGGGGAGACGAACGACUCCUCGGUUGCGGCCACGUGGAAGCCAGGCGACCUUCACCUCCGAUGCGUCUCUGCCACGGGCGUUCGACAGGGACAGUCGGCGAUCCCGCAUGCAUCCGGGCGCUUCACAGGGGCGGCGAGGAAAGAGACUGAGAGGCGCUCUCAGGGGGGCUGAUGGACGUUGUCAGAGCUCCACGGAAGACGACGGCACUGGCAAUCGGCCUGCCAGCGAGCGAGACGCAAACCAUCUCAGAGUUUGUUGCCAGUCUUCGUCACUGCCUGCCGAGGCCUGGUUUGGAAGAGCAAACGUCGAACAGGAAGCACAGCCCGUUCGGGCGUCGAGUUGGUCGCCUUCUGCGUCGUCCUCCGUCUCCUCUUCCUUCCGUGUCACUUCGCGGUCGGAGGCGGACUCGAGAGGACAGGGCGAUACGUGCAGCGCUCUUCAGAGUCACGCAGACGCCGUGACAACGAUCUACGAUUUGUUUUCUCUGGACGACAUGCUUGCUAGAGCUGAAGCAAGUGCGCCCCACCACGCCUACAUCUUCCGACCGGGAAGAAUCGAGUUGUGGCUCCGCUUAGCUCUCACCCCACAACAAGCCGCGCCUUCUGCGUCAAUUUUCUCAGAUUGCACCUUCCGGCGUCCGCUUCGUGCUGCCGUCUUGAACCCUGCCACUUCACAGACUUCGAGCUCUCCCACUCUUGACAGACGGGGCUUAGCGAGUCCCCGGUUCGCUGUGUCGCCUCGCACGGCGCAGAGCCGCAGCGAUGGACAGAUGCCCCGUUUGUCUUCGCUCGACUCAGAGGCCGGGGAACGAGAGAGAGAGAGCCACGCGAGAACGAGGAUGCCAACGGACUUGCCAGGAGACGGAGGGACAAGACAGACGGGGUGCGAACGCAGGACGCGGCAGGGAGACAGCCUGAUGGACUGGACAGAGCGAGCGCAGGAGACCGGCGGAGACACCUGGAGUUUUCCAGGGACUGUGGCCUUCUCCAGGGAGGAGGAAAGCGAAUUCCUCUCUUCCUUGCAAGGUCACUUGCGCUUGUCCCAGGCGCCCGAGUUGGACAGACUCCUGACGGAACGGGAAAGCGUCUUCUCGGCAGUGAUUCAAGAACCAAGGUCGCUCUCCGACGUAGAUCCGGAACGCUGUCCUUCCGCAGGCAAGGAGGGAGAAGAUACCCAGGAACCGCGUGGUAUGGGAGUCGCGUAUCGAUCUUCUCGAGCUUACAUUCCUCGUCGAUCGUCGCGAACUGUUUCAGCUUCUCCACGUUGCAGGCGUCCCCUUUCGACGCUCCAGAAUCGACAAAGACGUUUUCCUGACAGCGUUGCACGGGCGGCGAGCCUCCCUCCGCUGUCACGCACUCGGCCGCAUUCGAGGAAAGGCCACGGUGGUCGAGCCCUCUGUUCCCCUGUGCCUGGUUCUUCUUGGAUGGAGAGAGAACCACAGUCUGAAGAGGUAUUUGGAGAGAGAGGCACGACCCACUGGGAUGAGAGCAGCCGGGUCACAGCUGAUGCUCCGGAUUCUUCAAGCUCGUUUUCGACGACGAGCCGUCGAAGCCGCGAGCAAAGUGAACAGCCGGAAACGGCGCGCGCCGCAGAUAUGGGCUGUUGGCCGCAGGCCGACCAAGAAUUCGCUGUUUAUACAGAAGAGGAAGACAAUUCACUUCCUUACAUCAGUCUCACAUUUGUCGUUCCUGCCUGCACUCUCACUCUGAAGAAGGAUCAAAUAACUAGCAUUUUUCAGUGGAUCCAGUACACCAUUUGCCUCUACUCGGACCUCGUCUACGGUGCCGUCGCCGACCACAUGAACCUCAAACCGUCGAUUGAGGAGCGCGAAGCGUACGUCGCCGCGUGGCGUCGGCACCUCCUGAUCAAAUCCGGGGGUCUGCCAGUCCUCCGUUCUCUCCGCAGAUCUUUGACACCGAACGCGAAACAGCAUUGGCCCUCGUGCCCUCAGUCCCACUCGAAUCCUGGGCCUCCCUCGCAGUCUGGCUGCCUUUGCCCGGCUUGCCCAGUCGUAACGGAGGCGGCGAAGAGAGCUGAAGGGUCGCUGAGAGACGUUGAGACGAUUCGGGCCUUCGAAGAGAAGUUCUGGGCCGACGAAAUAAUUUCUCUGCGCCAAGUGGCUCUCAUGUCGCUCAAACGGGCGACCAAGAGACAACGGUAUCACCUCGAAGCCGGAUGGGGCGCGAUGGCCUUCAACGCAUUGCGCGGCGAGGGGAGCGCUGAGUGGCCGAGAGGCGACCUCUUGGUGGAGCGGACCGCACCAGGGGACGGGGGAUUCGACGCCGCGAACGCUGCUGGACCUAGACAAAGAACUGCGUCUCUCUUGUCUUCUGCGAUUGACGUGGCAGCGGAAGCGCACCUCGCUCCGGGGCCAGUGGGGCCGUGUUGCUCGUCUGAGCUCCAGGCGAGAGGCGAAGGCCCUCCGGAGCAGUCGGGAAGUCCGCGGAUGAUGGGUCGGUCGCCCGUCCCCGGCAGGUCCGGCGGAGGUGCAGAGGCUCGGGACCCCUGGUGUGGCUGUGGUGAGGCGAGAGCAGAAGGCGUCGAGACGAAUGGAAGGUGCCGAGCCGAGCAAUCCGGCGUGCCUGAAGUUGCUGGAGCGACACUGGUCCUCGUGGCGCAGCCCAUUGCUCGCGACGCGACUCCAGAAGAUCCGCAGGAGUCUUCGGAUCUGAAGCCAAAGGACCCGACAGGCGACCGCGUGUUUGAGCGCCACGGAGGGCGACAGAUUGUGGUUGCCGGCGCAGAUGGCGCAGAACUCGUCUUUGAAAGGACAGGGAUGGCCGGAGGCUUUCUCCCGGGACAAUGCCUCGCUGCACCGUCCAACGGAUGUUACUGUUUUUCGCCGGUGUCGAAUUCCGCUCCUUGUUCCGCGUGCUCUUCGGUUUUGCUCUCGCAUGACUCCUCCGCCUGGCAGGGCUUCCAGGCAAAUCCUGGGCGUGGUCAGGUAUUAGCUGAUUCGUCGCCCUCGUCCCAUGGCGGGGCUGCCCAAAGUGAGAGUGAGUGGGACCCGCGAGGAGUCUUUCCACCACACGUCGGCGCUGGCCAGGAGGAGAUUCCUUCGGAUCCUUUGCUCGAGGGCGGGGCGGACCACGACCAGCCUCUUGAAGAGGAGUGGGACGAGGAAGUAUUGAGAGAAGACGUUCUCCGCAACAUCGAGGCUCUUCAUUCAGGACGCUUCACAAAGGCUUUUCUCAUCGCUUUCGUGCUGAAAAGUGUGCAGCUGAAACUGUGGAGUUGCCCUCGGUUGGCCACCACGGAGGGCAGAUGCGAGGUCGAUGGAACCGAAGCAAACGUCGCCAAGUCUCCCGCCUGGCGUCCGACGGCAAGCCGGUACGACGAAGACAGUGAGGACAGGCGGGAAGCUCCACGAAGGGCUCCUUGGCCUCGUACGCCCCGAAACCUAGAGGUCGCCGCAGAGAGAAAGACCGACUGGGGGGCGAUUGUGAGAGACUGGAGCCCAUUCUCGUGGCAGCGGGGCACGAGACGAGGAGACAGAGAAGACAGGAUUUGCGAGGACGCUGGCGGUGAACGGUGCCUCCUGUUCACGUGCAAUGAACUUUACUUUCAGCGGCUGAACUGGGCGGACGGCAGGGGCUCGAGCGCGUUGUUUUGCGACGACAUUUCCCUAAUCGAUCGCUUUUCGUCUUCGUCCCCCAUGUGUCAAAUCGUGCGCUCUUACGCCCCACCCUCGUAUCCUGGCCAUUGUGCAGCGUCGACGGAACGUGCUCCUCCGGAUCUAGGCAAAGCAGGACAACAGCCAUCACCACGAUACCUGCUGUCUUCUCGGUCGUUAGGUUUGCGUCAUUCGCAUGAGGUACCUCUUUUUGUAACAGAUCCGUGCUGCUCGGCUGGUCGGGACUCCGCGAUGAGUUUCAAAGUCCCUUUUUCCAGUUCGCAGCCCUCUUCUCUCUCUCGUAUCCCGUCCACCUGUUCCUCGUCCUCUCUCGGGCGUCCUCACUCUUCGUCUUCGUACCGCUUGUCUUCAGUGGCAGAGCCGGGCCCACUGGCAGCCUCGUCCGCAGCGCCGGCGCCUGGAGUCAGCUCUGCGUUCGAUUCGGAAGCCAAGAAUCGAGAGGACAGUCCAAACGGCGAUGACCAAGAGAGCGAUCCAGAAGAGAGACGCAAGGCAUCAACUCGAGUUCCGGGAGAUGCGGCGACGCCGCCGUCGCUUUUGUCACAGGAAGGCGACUUCGUGGCAAGCCCGGCUCUUGCCGAUGCUGCCACACGCGCCGCGGAUCCCGACUCGAGACGGAGAAGGAGGGACAAGGGCGCAGAAUGCACGGGUGUUCCUUCCCAAGCAUUCAUGCGACGAAGUGCAGGUGGUUCGUUUCGUCAGCAGAUGAGACCCCAGGAGUUCUCUCCUCCCUCCGGGCAAGGCCCGCGGGGAGAACGGAGUGGGCAAUACUUUUGGCUUCGCGUAGAUCAGGUCUUCAAGCGACUACCCGCCCACCCAGACCUCGUUCUGUAUGGCGAAAUGUCAGGCCCGAUCGUGGUCACUGUGUCUCCGGCGGCCGUCAGCGCCGCCCUGUCGGCCUUCAGCGAGGCGCUGGAGCCCGUUGAGCGGGAGUAUGUGCUCGCGCGAGCUGGGUGCCGUGUCCGGGAGGCCAUGCAGAGGAGCGAGAUUUUCAUGGCAGAGCUGGCAACGGGAAAUGUGGAGCAGCUCUACUGUGCCGACAUGUGCGUCGCCGUGAAGAGCCCCGUGAGAUGUCUCGUGCCUCUUGGCGCACCGGAAGACAGCGAGGGGCGACCGCGCCACAUGAGGGGGCGGUGCGCUGGGCAGAGGGCCAUGACGGACGGCCUCCGCGAAAGCCGACGCUCCAAAAGACCCUGGAUCCGAUCAAGUCAGGUUCUGGGGGUUAGCAGCGAGAGCGGCGAUCCGCCUCCCUCGGGCUUCUCUGCGCGGGGCCCAGAGACUUUCGACACGGAGCAGACCAGCCGAAACGCGAGAAGAAAGACAAGCCGAGGCACGACCUCGACUUUGACUGAUGCUGCGAAUACGGACCAAGAACGAGGACCGCGAAGGCGACGGCCACACGAGCCUGAUGAACAUUGUGACGUCGUUUUUGAAGGGCGCGGAGAAUGCCGAGACUGCGCUGAAACGCAGAGGAAGCGUCGAACUCGAGGGCGUGCGGCACGAAGGAAAGACAGGCCACCUGAAAGGAUAGCGGCGGAUGAGUACGACGGCAUUCUCAUCGAUUUCGGCAUCGGUGUGAUUGACUCACAAAUUCUUGUCCGCCGAUGUGACGCGUUCGCUAAUCCCUGCGACGUGCGAGUACCUGGUACCGGGACGACAGAUUCUGAGCUGCCUUUCCCUCCUCUUCGCGGUGUCCCUUCCCGCUCAGACUCGGUUUGUUUUCGCUCGUCCUCGUCUGCGCUCUCUACUCCAGCUUUACGGUCGCAAGCUGGCGGACCUCCGCCUUUGUGUAGGAAUGUAUCGCCAGCCAGCGAAGCGUUGCCUUUCCGGUGCACAUCAGGGGUGGAAGGGUCUGGCCACUGCUUCUCACACGCAGGGCCUUUGCCAGGCUCAGCUUCCCGGCUGUCGGGGCUUCCUUUAGACAGUCAUUUAGGAGGGUGGAAGCGACUCGAGAACAAACGCGAAGAGGGACGAAAUCUUCGUUUCCCUUUUCGCCUCGAGCCCGCGGCGUCCGCCUCGCUUGACUGCGACGGAUUCGGAGCUCUUGGCGAGACAGAAGGACCCAUAUCUCCGACUACCCUACCUGCGCCGGAGGUUGCCAAACGUACCCGCUCUAAAGAAGGAACUAUUCGAAAAAGUCGUUCCCUUUCGUGCUUCACUCCUUCGAUGUCGGCGUCUGGGGACGCGGAGGACAACCUCGUCCUCGAGGUGAUUCCGCAUGCGCCUCCCUAUUCGACUCCGCUCUGUGCCCCCUCGUCUCCUCCGGAGGCUGCGUCCCCUCGGGGCCCAGGUGCUACGCGUGCAUCAGGCCCCGCGUAUGACCGCUACGCGGUCCUGUGGAGCGGUUGGAGCGUCAGUCGGAUUCACAGUUGCCAGGCGUUUCUUCAGCAGGUCGCCCACUGCGCAUGCGGUGUGUGCUGCUUCCGAGCGUCGCACGCAUGCCUGUGUCUGCGUUCCGCGUUCUCGGCCUCGUGUUACCAACAGAGCUCCUGGCCAGUUUUAAGUGAAGAAGGAAAGGUACCCGGUGGAGUAUGUGGAAGAGCGCAUGCCGUUAGGGCAAACGGCAGACUGGGAAAGAAUGAGUUAUCUGCAUGCGGCCAGGAUGCGACACAGGGGGCGCCAGAACCCAGGGGGAGGACCUGCUAUUCCAGCAGCGGAACGGAGAGGAGUUGCACGGGAAGAGACAGUUUAGAAGGCGCCCGGGAGCAGCCACAGGAGCGAGGAGGCGAACGAGCACGGACGGACGUGUCGGGCGCUAAAAAUGCGGAACAGGACGGUCGAUCUCAGGGCUGGCGACUUGGGCGGGAGAGCGACGGCUCUCGUGGGAUGACGGAUUAUGAAGUCAGCGAGGAAGAAAGCAGCAGCGGAGGCGAAGAGGAGGAGGAGGGAGAACGAACUCGCUUCGGAACGUAUCUGGUUCACCCUGUCGCACUGCGAGUCGGUGGCGACCUCUGCCAUGCGGGGACCCAGCAAGUGGCCGACCUGCGCCUGCCCAAGUUGAGGCUCCUCGUGCAAGACGAUAGCGUCGGUGGACUGUUUGUCGAGAUUUCCGACGACGACGUCCGGCGUCUGUCUACUCUGUACCAGGACUGCCUGGAAGCUUUCCAGUCAGCCGCUGCAUCCCCUGCUCCCUCAGAAGUGACACCACUCCCGCCUUCACCGUCGCUGGCCAGAUGGGAAGCGGCAUGUGCGGACCUAGCAGACGGCUGCAUGCCUCAGCGCAGACGGGGACCCAUCAGAGAGGUGACUGGGGAGAAACGUGGUGGCGUCAUGCGUUUCCGUACUUCGCCGUUUGAUCACAGGACUAGUUUUCUUCGUCGCAUCUCGAGCUGCCGUUCGCGCUCUUUGUCUCUCCAGGCGGGUGAAUGUGAGCAGAGUGGGGAGACAAAAGAGAGUUCCAGGCGCGAUGCUGUGGCGCAUCGCAGCCUAUCCAGAGCGCCGCCCCAGUGUCAGGAAAAUACCAACCUGUACACCUCGUCUUCCUCUGAUUUCGGUCGCCCCAGCUGUCUCCGGUUCCCGGGGGGUGCCCCUCCGGAAAGUGACUCUUGCGCUUCUUUACCCUUUGUUGUUGCUUCUACGUCAUGGCCGCCACGUCGUCCGUUUCAGAAAGGGUAUUCUCUCGUACUCCCACACGAGUAUGAAACUCAGCCUCUGUGUUCAGGCCUGCAUGCUGCAUGGGGUCGUCAAGGACUCCGCCCCCAACGACUCUUCUCGAGUUCUUCGCUGAGCAAAUAUAAUAGCAGAGGCCGUGAUCUGCAGACGGAGCUAAAGCGAUUGCUGGAAGCAGGCGCCCUCCGGCGAUCUGGGAGAAGCGACGUUCUGCCAGGAGGAGAUCCAGAUUGGGGAUCUUCGCGGGCACACGAGAAGAGAAACGUCCUGGGAUUCCCUUCAGACACCGAAGCAUGUCUGCACAAGCAAUCCACGCAAAACCUUGCAGUGGAUUCGAGAGAGGCGUCUUCAUCUUUCUUCCAGCGACUAUCGUUACGCGUCCAUCGUUCCCUGCUUCGACGCAGCGAACGCGAGAUGGAGCAGCACCCAGUUUUGACACCUGAUGCCGCUUCAGCUCUCCAGAGACAGCCUCUGGUUCCUGAGCCGAGUGGCCAGAAGCUGGGCAGAAUCGUCAGCCUGAAGCGGCUUUUCACGCUCACCGGAUCAAAUGUGGCGAGGCGAAAAAGGCCUGCCCCAGUGCCAGGAUGUCCGUCUCCUCAAGACGCAGGCCACACAUGCACCGUGCGUGCUAUCACUCAGGAUGACGACGGAUCUUCGUCCCAGUAUCGACAGAGCGACGUUCCUCGUUCACCUGGAGAAGGAGCAAGGGUCUCGUCUCGGCGUCUCCUCCGGUCUAUCUUCUCUCGGGGAGACAGCCGAAGAGUCGCGAAUCUCGCAGACGCAGGUCCUUCUUCUGUGCGAGCAUGUGCGACUGCGCAGGAGUUCCGAGGCCUGCAGAGGUGGGGGAGCGACGCUGCAGAAGGGCCUUCUCACCCGACUAAAUGCCAGGGAGAGCCAGAGGGCCACCCGAGCGCUGACUCGGGAAGACGCGCCAGCGGACGUGAGCCGUCGCUCGAGGAGUUGCGGGCAAAACGUGAUUUGGAAACAGAAAAGCCGGGCAGAGACAGGGGUGAAGGGAGUCAGACAGUUCCACGCGUGUUGCUGUCUCCGGGAGACGGGGCAGGAACGUCGCCUUUCAGUUCGCUCGAACCUCGGGAUUUGCCAGCGAGCGACGCAGAAGGGGCGCAUGCAGGGAGGUCGACAGAGAAGCUUCUGACACGGUUGCUAAUGGCGGAAAGUUGCUCAGAGACGGACGAAAGCGAGGCCGGAGGUGGCACGCUGGUAGGGCACUGCCGCCGAGUGGGCCCAGGAGGCGAGGAGAGGGGGGUCCGGAGAUUACUGGAUUUGUUACAUCGCGAAACGCUGUCUGGAAACGAAGACGAAUGCAGGAAAGGGCGACGAAAAAGAAGUCGCCUUCUCCAACGACUAAGGAAACGCACUGCGAGCGACGAUGAAGCGUCCUAUGCACGAGCGGUGAGCAAGAAGAGCGUGCGCAGUCUCUCCGACAAUUCGCCCGUUGACCGGGACACAGCUGCAGCUGAUCCUGCCGCUCGCGGUCGGUUGGCGAACGAAGAGGAACAGUGUACAGAGCAAGAAGGUCCUUCCUCGCAUCAUCCCGCCGAGAAGGACGCUGCAUACUCGGUAGGGGGUCUCGUGAACGCAGAAGUGCUUCUAGAGCUCUCGCGCCUGACAAUUGUCGUGCUGUGGAACCCCAAAGGCUGCGCGCCGAUUGCGAGGAGACACGGCGCCAUGGCCCGCAGGCGCCGCCGCGCCCCAGGCCCUUCCGCCAGACAUCGAGACGGGAUUUGGGGAGACGCCGAGACGAGGAAGCAUCCCGAUGGCAGGGGGACUGACGCGGGGCACACACCGAAGGACCAAGAGGCCAGGAUUUCGUUGAACUCGACCGAAGCGUGGUGCGCCUCCUCGGCGCGGGAAGAGAGCGAGAAGCGACCUGGCGUAGUCCGUACGACACCCUUCUCGACUCAGCAGGUUCCCGAUGCCGGGGUGCUUUGCCCUUCGUUUGUGCGGCCUGCGUCUGGCAACGACCGUGGCGUCUGGUGGGAUGGACUCGGUGGAACUGAAUACGAAUUACCAUGUUUCUCUGCAUCGUGCUCACGCGGGGCAGGAGCGGAGCAGACAGAGGGGAUUUCAGAGAACUGGAUUACUUUCGCCGCCUCCUCGUGUGACCGUUGUGUAGAGGCCCAGCCUUUCAUAGAUGCGGCCAGAUCGUUACCUGUGGCGGAGAGCCUCUGUGUCUUCGAAGACUGCUUCGGUGAUGGCACACAAAUUGCAAACGAGGCGCCAUUGUCUGGGUCGUACCGCGCCGGGUGUCUGUCGCUUCACCAUGGGGACGAGGGCGACGAAGGAGACGUUCUUCCCGCUCUUCGCUCCAAGUGCUGCGCGUGCUGUGGAGCUGGUAGAGGCCACCGAGGGGAGACAAAAACCGCCAACGGACGCAUGCGCAGGCGGGCGCAGUGUUUCCCUGCCAACACCAAACAACUGUGUGUUGGGGUUUCUAUCAUCGCUGUUCGUGCCGCGGCGUGGUCAGGAGGGAGCUGUUUCGGAGAGGAAGGAAGAGAUGCAGGCAAGACUCAGGCGAGAGAAAAGGCGGCGCCAGGAUCCACUCGGUGCGUCUACCGCUGUUCAGCUGGUACACUGUCUGUCAUCGUUCCUCAAAGCACGCAGAAGCCACGUCUGCCUGCUUUGGCCGAUGAAUCGUUCAAAGAAGGGCCGCGUCCCGUCGAGCGAGGAGACAAAGGCGUGACGAACGAGGAGCGGGUGAGGCACAGAUGCGACAAUCUCCCUCGCUCGUUGUCAUGCCAAUUCAGAGAAGAUGAACUCAAUCAUUGCGAGGCAGAGGCACGAGAACACCUCUGUAACAUGGCCGCCAGAGUAGUUGACGGAAGCGAAGGCGACUCUGUGUCGAGCGCCACACGUCAGGGCGACUCGCGGGCUUCGCGGGGGCCUGCGAGAGUCUCAAGACGCAUGCUACGCAGUAGCAACCGCUUGAACAGCUUCCUCUCCGGGGGGUACUUCACUGGGAAUAAAACCACAGAGGGUCUCAAGGCUUCAACAGAAGUGGACGCACGUCCUGGGGCGAAGGGUAACAGAGAAAACAGAACGAGGAGUCCGGACCUAGAUGACGCGGGGGACAGACUCAAAGAACAAAUGGCUCAAGUGCGAAAUCGAGCAAGGUCGAGAUCGCGAAAACACGAGGUGACGGGAGACACGGGGAACGAAGGCGUGACGGAGCCGUGGUGGAGACAGCAGACAGUUUUUCUGUUGCAUGCGAUCCGCAGAGAGAACAAGAUUGAACCCUCCCUCCUUCUUCUUCCUCCUCCGUGUUCUUCUAUCGCCUCGCCGUGGAAGGCGCUCCUCCCGUUCCUUCCCCCCCCUGGAGAGAACUCUGGGUGUUCGUCUGGUAGUCCGCUGUCUCCGCUUUCCGCGCUCGCUAGGACCGACGGCGGACAGUUCCUAUGGGAGACGUCGCCAUCCCCUUCGACUUCCACUUGGCGCUUGGUUCGAGAGGACCUGUGGCAGUGGGGUCUCUCUCGCUUCCUCCCGCUUCCGGCUCUCCAAUCGGGCGCUCUGCCUGCAGUGCUGCGGUACCUGCGGCGUUUGCAGGGGCGCGAAGCGGAGGAUGACUGGGCCUGCAGAGCACGGGAGGCCCAGAUACAGAAAGAAGCCACGAAGCAGGACCUUGCGAACCGGUUUCGCGUCGCAUCGCAGGAGGCAAUGAAGGCCACACUCGUCUCUGCUUGCUCCGACGUGGGUCCCCUCCUCGACGGCUCGGCGGUGUUCGAUGAAAGCAAACGAGACACACAGUCAGCGCACAGGUGCGACCGACGAAACGCUUCGUUCUUUCCGAAUCUCGCCUCGGGAUGCGGAGUGUUCUGGCGGCGCGCAUUCCCGCCCCGGCUCCCGCGUUUCAGCGACGGUUCGCUCAUGCCUCAGGGCAUGAAUCCUUCCCCACGCGUUGCGCGCCCAGACGGAGGCAGUAGACUCGAGUCGCUGGGCACGAGGGUGAGCAGCAGAGCACAGGCGACGCAGCGAAACGCGUUUGGCGGGUGGGAGGGGAUGCACGGAGAGAGAGAAGAAGAUCCAGACGAGGCGCUGAUUGUCGACACAGUCUCAGGUCUUCGGUGGGUCCUGCCUUCUGGCCAAGCUGCUCGCCUUAUUGACGAUUUUUGCAGCUACGACACGCUGCAACUUUCUGGCGAAAUCGGGCGCCAUAGGGCUUCGUUUGAUGAGGCCGAACUCAACGGCUUGAGGGAAACGAAAUUCAACAGACGUGGGUACUCUGUCGGCGCCCCACAGACAGCCGAUUCCCGCGUCAGUCUUUCGCAUUCGUCUUCGUUCGUCGAAAGGAAUGAAGUGAGAGAGGGAUCUGCAUGCUGCUCGAUGACCUCCCACCACCGUGAACGGCCGAGAGCAGCCAGGGGAGACAGAGCCGUGAGGAGGUACGCUGACCAAUCUCACCAGCUUCACUGCUUAUUUGGGGACUACUUCAAAGGACUGCAUGCCCCCGUUGUGAGAGGAGAGACACGAGGAAACGGAGCAGGCGAGGACAGUAAACCAGACGUUCAACUCGACGGCGAGUUCUGCUUCAGGUCGCUAGAGCAGUCGAUAAAGCUCGUGCUGCAACCUUACAGGUUCCUAAUGGACUGGGAAGCCGCUGCGGAUUUCAUGGACUGCAGUCGACGCCUACUUGCUUGCGUUGAGGAGGUGAUGAGUCCUACUCCACCGCCCGCCCAGCCGUCCUCUCCAAGCGCUUAUUUACGUCCCUCAUUGGCCCCACCUAUUCCAGGGUCCCCCUCAGAUCUUGUGUGCGAUCCACAUGUGGCGUCGCCCCCGCAUCAAACUCGAGUGCCACGUCCGCGAAAAGGCUCCUCGACGCCGCCUGGUGUCUCGCCACCUUCCUCAGUUGCUGCCGGCAGUUGCCCUGGCACCCGUCCUCGUUUAGAUCUGCUCUCGGGCUCGCCUUCGCAGCGGUCGGCAGGCGGCCUCCGCCCCGGCGAGAGGACCUCCGCAGGCCUAUCGAUGAAGCACCGAGGGUGCACCACGAACUCGCCGAUUCACCCGCACAUCGACGCUGACACCGAGACGAGAUUCAGCGAAACGCCGACCCGCCAUGGGGGGCCUGGGGAUCUGAAAACGACCUUCGGACCUUCCCCUCCGUUGGCGGCGGCUUGGCUGCCGGACCCAGUUAUGUGUCUCCCCGCCAGCGCCCCGAGAGGAACUGUAACCGGGCCCCAAGGCGAGGGGGAACUGACGCCGGCAACGGAGGGUCUCACCUCGAUCUGGAGAGCGACGACUGUCCAGAUGUCGCUCCUGCACGUUGAGUGCGUUUUCCCUUGUUUGGCAUCCUCGGGCUACCCCGCGCUGUCGCCUCCUAGCGUGUGGCCCGGUGAGUCUCGAGGUGUGUGUGUACUCCGGCCUCGAGUUGCGGGCUGCACGCCGUCGCCACCGCAAGCCUGGACGUGGGCGCUUCCCUUUGAAAAACGUCGAGGAGGCUUUUUUUCUCCUUCUUCGUCCGAGCCUGGUGAGCGGCCUCGUGCUCGCCACUCCAGGAGUCUCUCGGCGUCUGCCCGGUUGUGGCCGCAUGCGCGUAGAAGAGGGGAGAGUGUCGGCCGCGGAGAGACUCGCGGCGCCCGUGUACGUGGCCGCUCUCAAGACUCCGUUUCUCGCCGCUCUGCGACCCAGCGCAAACACGCGUGCUCGUCUGCAUUCAAAUCGCACAGGCGCCGAGUCAUGGCCUCGACUGGGGGAACGACGUUUCCUCUCUCUACUGGCCGGCAGGGCAGCGACCAACGGCGUGGUGAGGACGAGGAGACAGGUAGGGACAGCGUCGACGGAAGCAGAAGCCGCAGCGGGCUUCUGGACAAGCACGAGGCGCCGGGGCCUGCACCUGGGUCCGGAAAAGGGCACCUUGAAACACAGGCUCUGCCAGCGAAAUGCGGAGACGGGGAGCUCGUCUUGCGUCGUGCCUUUGCAGAAGCAGCUGCUCAGCGCCCUCCUUUACGUCAAGCAUUCCUCCACCUUGCACAGUCGAAGCACGGGUCUCCCCAGGUUUUCCAACCGGGGGGAGAUCUGAAAGACGUAAAGGAGAGGCGCAGCGACGGAGCGUCUGCUCAUCUACAGGAAGCAGGGCAUGGGGACUCGCUUUCUCUGUGGUGCGCCCAGGAUGCUAGAGCUGGCCGUGUAGGACUCCUCAGGAGGUCGAGGAGUCGGAAGGAAGGCGUGACGCGCCCCGUUCCUGAGAGUCUGAUGGCUUGGCACGCGUUAGCGAAUUCAAGUCGAAGACCCCGGCUUCUCGGCGGGAGAAGCGGGCCAGAGGCGAGUUGCUUUCAGGCCUCUGGGUUUCCCAGGCCAAAACGGGGGACGCUCGCGUCGCCUUCGUUGGUGGUCGCGUUUGGCUUGCAUGCGUCCUUCCAACAAAGCUGUGGAACCAGCGAAAAGGUGGAGAAGGGUGAGGAGCCGAGCCUCAACACUCUGUCCUUGUGCUGCCGAAGAGUGUCCAAGCAAGUCGCGUCGCUGACAUAUCCAGAGGCUCAGGGUGGCCCUAGAAGGGAUGGCGAGCAAUCAAGACCAGGAAAGGGACAAGAUGAUUGUCAAAGAACCCUGAAGAGUAUGCCAGGUGCCUGCGAGGUAGGCGAAAGCAUCUGUACUGACACCAGUGAAGCGGAAGGAACAGACAAUGAGAGAACAAAGCAUCAGGCCUUGCGCGUCUCCCUGGUGCAUGCGAGUGUCGCGUUCCUGUCUCCUCCGGGUCGGUCGGCUGCCUCGUUCCCUUCGAGGUCUCUCGUGCCGAGCGAACCAGUAUCCGUCCCGUUUCCCUCGCCGGACCGGGGGCCUGUGGCCAGUCGAUGUUCGAGGCUUCCACGCCGAGAGCCAACGCACCAAGCGGGGAAUACGGGCACCCGAGGCGGCCGAAGGCGACCGCAGGCGGCUGUUCCGUUAGCUGACAAGACUUCCUCGUCCCAUGGGUGGAAGCGCGGAAGAGAAACAUCUUCCGCUACAGGCGUCAGGCAGAGGUCCGCAGAUGGGGGGUGGCCACGCUCGGAUGCAGCACACGCGCGCGAGAGGCGAGGCCUCCGUGGCGAGAAGACAGCAGCUGAUGAACUGGCGGCUGUGUCGACCUCUUCUGUGGUUAGUCGAGAAGCUAAGACACAGAAGAAGCUGGCACACCGAAGUAGGCGCAGACCACGGACUCGGGACUCCAUCUUCUCGCUCUGUGGCCAGCAGAGUCUUCAUUUGAAUGAGAGUCCGUCACUGACAAGGCGACCCGAGGUGGCAGGGCUUCUCCUUUGCUACACGAGUGAACUCCAUGACUUUUCCUGGUUGAAGACGGCAGCGCGCCGGGUCCUUGUGGACAGUUUCGCAAUCCGCGUGGGCGCGCGACUCCUUCAAAAUGAGAGGCUGGAGGUCCCUGUGCGAGGGCCCUGCGAAUGGGCUUCUCCCCCUGAUUCCUCAGCACAGUCAGCGUUGCCCGGAUCGUCGGAUGUCAGGUACAGGCGCAACAAGAUGCAGCUCGUGACAGAAAGCCCGCUAGCCACUACCGAAGAGGCCAACGCACACAGAAGUUCGCUCGUGUCCACGCAGAAGAUGCAGAACCUGCCCGGACCGCCGUGUUCGCCGCCUCGAACGGCCGGCGGGGCCGAACAGGCGACAAACGACAAACAGGCUCCUUCAGCAGCCGACGCAGAUGUGUCGGGCUUCUCUGGCGCCCAGGAGCCAAGGCAGCGUCCGUCGCGUCCGGUGGACCAGGGCAGCAGAAGAGUGGAACUGAGAGAAGCAUCCGUGAUCGGCGAGGAAUUGGCAGAAUCCCGUAGAGAACCGGGCCUGGUCACGGCGGAAGGUACACACAUGGUGGCGAUUGACGUUGCUCGAGGUGGACAAAGAGACGCACUCGACGAGUGGACCGACGGCGACGACACCGGUGGAACCGCCGCACAGGUAGCCGAAGAAGCGCUUUACAGUGCCGUUUCAGUGUCAGGAGCAGACGCAGCGGUGGCGCAGAGAGACGCGUGGGCCGCGCCUGCUUCUCCACAUGGGAGACAGGCCUGGCAGUCGCCUAAAAGUGGAGAAAAAGUGGAAAGGAGAAUGGCUGAUGAGCCCAUCGAAGGACAGAGAAGGAGAACGUGGCCGCCGGGCGAGAGCGGCAAUGCGGGACAUGUGACCCUCCGCGUAGAAGUCGACGUCGAUCCCGUAUCGGUGUCGGUUUCAGGCGACGAGGUCGCCCAUCUGUCGGUUCUUUUGGUUCUUCUCAUGGGAUUUCUCGAGCAUGCGAGUCGCCCCCUCGAGAGCCUAAAAGACUGCGAGACAAUGGAAAAUACAGCCAUGCUCUGUUCGUCAACGGAGGACUCCUGCUCGGACUCUGCUUCCGUGUCCACGUGCUCGCAUGGCUCUGGAAACCCCAGCCCGCCGGAGUCGGUUUCUAUAGUGUCGCCGUCUUCGGCCUCGGCCGCCCUUUGCCAGCAACGCAGAACGCAAGAGUGCGACUCUUUGACAGACACAGCCACGGCGUCCGACUCCUCAUUUGGGGAGCCGGACUCGCGGCGCACUGGGGAGAGAGCUACGUGGUUCCUUCCUCACUGUGCGUCGUCGGUACCGACGUCCCUCGUGCAUCACCGAGGACACCCGGAGAGCGGCGGCGCGUCGCAGCCGCCCUUGUCUCCCUUCUUAUCCGCUGCCGCUCGAAACCCACCUAGGCGGCGAGCUGCGCAGGCUCUCCUGCAGAGUGCGCUGUCUCUGCCCAUUCGUCUGAAGCGGUCCAAGUCGUCCCAUGAGCUGCAGAACGCGAUCUUGGCGAUGCACGCAGAUGCGGCCACCAGACGCGACAGCGAGACGGACAUAUCCGUGGCUUCCCUCGGCGCGGAGAAGCCUAUCCAGCGGGCAAGACGCGUCAGUAGAGCCGAGGCAAGCCGACGGUCAAUUCGCCUGAGUCUAUCGCCCUCGGUGGUAAAACUGAAGGAUCGCAGCUGCAUCAGACUGCCGCCGGUGGCCCCCGCACCGGGCGAGAAGACGCGACCAAACAAGAGGUUCUCCUGCCUCCCCCACGAGUUGUGGCGAACGGAAACUGGUACAGGUGAAUGCGUCCGCAGCGCCUCCGCGUCGCCUCGGGAGGGCGCUCAAGCAUCAGGAGAAGAAUUGAGAACAAAGCGCCCUUCGCGACUGCAAUGUGCAUCGUCCGCCUUCCUUCCCGCGAGUCUCACCGGGAAGCGAAACAGGUCGCACUCGCUGCCGCCGCUUCCAACGGGAACUGGAAGAGCGUCCUCCGACAUCCACGGCGUUGAUAAGAGGCGGCUUGACAAACCAAGGCCGAUUCGGCUAGAGGCAAAAGGAGACAUUGGCGCCGUGCUGCCUGUUGCGGCAGGCGGGGCCAGCCGAGGACCGGACGGACGCGUUCGAGUCGCGACAGACUCGUCAGACGGCGACGCGAAAGAGCGAGACGGAAGUGGACUGCCUGAAAGCCUCGCGGGCGGUGUUAAUUACGAUCGCAGCCAUUGUAUCAGCGCUGGAGGUGGGGGCGAGAGACGGUACAGAAAGGGUGCGCAAGGAGGCGCGUCGACGUUCUGCGACCCGAGUCUGCGGCGGGCGCGUAAAGGUGUCGAUGGCUGGCAGGCGACAAUGAGAGACACAGCUGGGGCAUGCAGGCUGCAGCGGGGUUCAGGCGAGCUGCGAGAGAGGCAGAGGAAGCGACUGAGUAACGGACGAGAGAGGAGCUCGAGCGGGCGACUCACAGAGGGAAACUAUGGGUGUGAUUCCGAGGACACUGCAAUCAACGGGCGCGUCGCUGCAUCGCGGCAAGAAGGCAGUCUGCGUCCUGUCCGCCACAGCGAAACUUGGGAAAGAUCGCGACGCACUGCCAAACGAAACGAGGAAGAGUUAUGUCCGACACAGUGCCGGGAAAAGCCACAGGAUCUGAUGCAUAAGAAACACAACAGAGAAGGCGAAGACGGAAGACAAGAGUGUCUCGCUGUGUUGGACGUUCUCUGGGGGGUGUUAGGCGGAGUGGCGAAUACUGUCGAAGUGCAUUUGAGGAUGGAGUGCAUUCGAGUCCGGAUAAUUUCGAUCCGAGUGACCAUUGAAGACGUUAACGGAACUCUGGCGAAAAGAAUGGGUGGUGGUGUAGGGAUGAGAGAGCAGGAGUGUGUAACUGCGUCGUCGGUGUUGGCGCCCUGUGCGAUUCCCCCUGUCGGCCUCUCGAUGCAAGACGAGUCACUCCGUGAGCCAGGCACCUCCAGCCCGCCGCCGGCGCGGCCCCUGCGAAGAGCUAGCUGCGCUACGAGAUCGGAGUCGUUUGCUGUGUCCGGCGGUUUAUGUGGCGACCCGUUUCUGGGGUCCCGGGGCCUCAAGCGAUGGAGCCGGCAAGGAGGCCGGCACCGGCGGCUCUCGGUGUCGAAAGGCCAAGCAGAAGCGUCUGCCGACAGUUUGUCUGAGGACAACGAGGGUGGUGCCCAACGAGUUGUUCGGAUCGUCGUGCAUCCCGAUAGUCCCUGCGAAAGCCGCAGCAGCUUCGACUCCUCAGGGUCGAGUCAGAAGUCAAAGAGUGAUGAAAGCUCUGGACGAAUCGCGUCGAAUGAUGAAUUGGUCGAUAUAUCGUCUGGGCCGCCCACCAGACGGAAAACGCUUAGGAUCCUCGGCUUCGGCCGAGCGGCUCCCGUCGGCCCUCUGGGUCGGUCGCGCACAGACUCUGCCGUCGUCUUGAGAAGAGUGACAGCUCGCGCAUUUGGAAGGAGCUUUCGAGGCAAGAGCUCGGGCGUAGCUGGACAAAGGCGCCGAGUUUGGUUCAGAUCGGAUCCUGGGAAAAUCGCGGGCGACAAGGCCCGUUGCUCCCGUGCAGACGCAGACUGGCACGUGAACGGGAGCAGCCGGAGGAAGCGCCGGAACCUGCUCGGAAGCCUCACCGCUGCCGCCUCUUUCGGGGCGCCGGGAUCACGCACACACAAAUCGCGGGGUGUGUCCUUGCUGUCUCGAAGGAAGAGCUCGGAAAAGCUGGCUGUACAGCGCCGAUACGAACUCCCUGACAGCGGCAGGCAACGGGGCUCGACAGGGGACGAGACUCGAGGUCGCGACGAAGGUUCGGCUGCGUCCAGUGCAGAAGACAGCGUUCGUCCAAUCGCUUUCAAAGACAUUCUGGGACUGAGUCGUAGAGAGAGCGAAAGCGAACGGCGAGAAAGAGUGGGACGUAGGUCGAGGGUCUCUGGGGCAGCGAGCGUCGCCUCGUCGGCGGCGUUCAGUUCACGUUCCGCCACACGUCGGAGACGAAACAGGGUAACAUGCGACGCAGAGAGUGGCGGAAAUAUCGCGAGAGACACCCGGGGCAACAUGCGGCUCAGAGACCCCGGCGCAGAACGCCUGGACACCACUUGUGAGCGGAGCCUUUCGACAUCUGGUGAUGAAGAUCUGAACGCCGUGAAAGAUGCAGAGGCCAUGCGCAGGAUGAGGCCCUACAUCACAAGCCGGCUUUGCCUUCUCGUCUCUGUCGAUGUAAUCCACCGAUCGAUGACAGCAGAGGAAAGCGUCGUGGAGCCUUGGAAGUGGGAUAUCUCGUUCCGCCAUCUUCCAUCUCUCGCCCGUGUACGUCCAGCUAACCCGCAAGCUCGUCCCUACCUGGGCGGCCCUUUGCCGUGGAUGGGUACCGCCUGUACGCCUUCACAGUUUCAGACAUCUACGUUGGCGUUUCUGCCUCUCCAAACGUCCCCAUUUACCCACGGCUUUCCACAUCCAGCGGAUCCCCUAGCACCCGGUGCGCCUGGUCCGUGCGGCUUGGGAGACAGAUCCCUUCGUGCUCCUCUCGUUGCUCCAGUACAGCGACCCGUGCUCGUCGACGACGCUGUGUUAGGAUGGACGGACGCAGUGGUGCCUGGCUACAGUGUCCCUGUGGUGCCUUUUCCCCGCUGUCCGAGAAGUGGGCAAAUAGGAGAACUAUGUGGAUGGGAGAAGCAGUGGCUAAGCGAGAACCACGAGAGCCUUCGGAGGCAGCCCCCGUUUCUACGGGAAGAGGAAGCUUUCGGAAGGGGCCAACAGCCCCGGGAUGAUACGUGGCCGCGUAAGGGUCCGGCCAAGGUCUUUUCCGCCACCGCUGUCCACAGCGUUAGCCGCCCUCAGGUGCUUGGAUCAGAUGAAGUGUUCGCCUCCACGCCUGCUGCGGACACUGAGAAAGCGAGAACUGAACCUGCGUGCAAGGUUCGCGAAACUGACUCCGCGGCACCAACAAUGAUGCACAAUGCAUGGAACGACGAUGGACCAGCCGGGAAAGAGGUAAUGACGACAAGCCGACCCUUAGGAGCCCAUGUGGUGAGAUUCGGGGACACCAUUGGGGCGCGCAGGCAAGGGAAGAGAUCGACAGCGCACCGCAGGAAAUGGCAGUCGAAAUUGCGGGCGCGCGAGAGCGAGCAGUCGCAUCGUAUUCUGAAUACGAGCCCGAGUGCGGUAAUCGCCGCCGGUAAGGCGGCAGAGGCAGCGUUUCACGAGGGAGACAUCGGUCGUCAGCGCGCAGGGUCAGGGCCGCCAGGACAGAGGCGAGGGCGGCGAGACGCGGUGGGCAACGCGAAUGCUGAGGGAGCAGAAAACGAGCCGGAAGUCUGCUUGGUCGCUCGCUUCACGUGGCUAAAUGUGACAGUGGCGCCACUAGUCAUGGAUGCCUUCGUGGAGACGGCUGAUGCAGUAGUUGAAGGGAAGAAACGCGUGGAGGCAGCACUCUGCCGGCGACACGGAAUCACGGCUUUGGAACCGGAAAUCUCCGUCGGCGACGACAGGCCAUGGAGUCCCUCUAUGCUGGUGGAAAAGUGUCAUUCGAGCGCGAUUGCCGAGUGGGUGCCCCCCAGUGCUUGCUUCCCACAUUUGGACCCGCCGUUGCCGUCUCUGAGCACAGCUCCGGCCUUACGCACGAUGCAAGGUGCAGCUAGCUACGGACCAUCCUUCCUCGUGAGCAAUGUCUUCCUCAAUGCCUUCCAGACGAAGCAGCUGACCCUGCAAGUGCCUUCGCGCCACCCUCUGUUGUCCGCCCUCCCCGCAAACGUUCCUGUGAAAGAUCAGCCGAAACGCCUGGUCUCUCCUGCAUCCGCUCUCCGUACCGUCGCAGGAGAGGGGGCCGAGACAGACGCAAGCGGGCCUCAGAGGCCCUGGCAAGCCGGGGCCUCCGAAGGUAAGAUUCCAAGUGGCGUCGCCCACCAGCCUAUGGGGAGACCGUCUCUCGAAGAUACAGAGACCAGGCCCGGUGGCUGUGCGUGUGCGGCCAACGAGGCGAAAGCGAGCGUCUCCCAGCUCGACCGAAGGCAGCAAGAGAGCGGCGAAGAGCGAUCGUGGGUACAUUGCCACGAAGCCAGCCUGGACGAUCCUUGGAGCCUGAGACGCAAACCAGACACCUCCGUGGAGCCUGCACAUGAAGCCCCACAACUUGCGCCUCAUGGCGCGUUCGGCUGUCUCGCCGUUGGUGACGACGCCGCGCCUGUGGUGGGAGCCCUGGCACACACCGAAGAGACGGACCGGAGCAACGAGGCCGUCCCGCGGCUGUGGAACCUGACAGGCCAGCCUCUAUUUGUGCGGAUUCUCACGUGGAGGUCUGCAGACCACGGUGUGACACCGCCAGCGAGUCCCGCGUUGCCGUUCUCUCGGGGCCCCCAAGCUUCGAGCCUCAAGGAGCAGGCAGAGGGGAGCGAGGACCAGCGCCGUUGCUCCACGACCUCGCCCCCCGACCAGGCGAUCGGAUAUCUUGCUUCCCGGGCUCUGCCGGAAUCUGGACACCGCUGCUUGGAGGCUGUUUUGGAAGACGAAGAAAGCGUGGAUGAAGACAGUCCUUCUGUCUCGUCUGACCUGCUGCUCUGCCGAUCCGCAGUGACGAGCGUAUCCCAGCGCUGGUCUGUCGGAAAUAGGGAAGAUCCUCAAGGAGUCACUGGGGGACCGUCCGACGGGCCUCGCUGUCACCUGGACGAGAACGAGAAUUUCUCCACUCAUGUCAUAGACAACGAAGGCCGCAUCCAGUUGGAGGCUGACGAACCUCAACAGCGAACUUACGAUCGGGCCGGCGCCGCGACAGGGGAAGCGCCUGAGAGAAACGAUAGCUCAGCCUCUUUGUUCGCCUCGCCCUUGGUCCCAGCUCUCAGUCGUAAGUGGACGCCGAGAGACCACAGCCGAGAAGCUACGCAAGGGAUGUGGGCUCUCGAGUGGAAAGGUGUGGGGCCCGGCGAAAGCCUCAUUCUCCCACACGACGACGAUGGGCAUGCUCUUCCGAUUUCUGUUCGCAUGCAAGUACUCGGCCUAACCUUCGAGUUGGACGAGUUCGUUCUCAAUUCGUCGCAUGUCGACGUCCGCUACUUACCUAUCUCGCUUCCUGAGGUGAGUCCCGGGUCUUCGUCUCAUCCCGCUAGUGACACCAGCGCGCCGGAGAGCGAUAGGGAGACCGGAGACAGCGAAGACGUACACUCGGAGACUUUGGGGCACCUCAGCACUGCGCAAACGGAUCCCCAGUCCUCAGUCUCGAGGCGGUGCCGAGCAGCCACCGCACAAGGCUCGGACGACAAGAACGGCGUGGCCGGCGAACGGCGAGAAGAACGGCGAGAAGCGAAGGCCAUGCUCGGCGCGGCCAGGUCGCGGUUGUCAUCUGAUGAGCUCCCUGCAUGCGUUGACGGGAGGGAAGCCAGCAGGGUAAAGAGCCCCACAAGUGCCCUUCGACACGCGCGGAGCGAGGACAUGUCGAGGCGCUCUCGGGGACUCGUGGGCCGUAGCUCUCGCCGGCGCCUGCCCAAGGUUGUCACUUCUCGUCUGCGGGUUCUCGUACGAACCGUCUUCCUCCCGCACCUCCAGACCUUCCACCUCCACUUGUCGUCGAUGGUAUGCGUGCGAAACCAUUCGACUGUUCCCCUGCUCAUUCUGCCGCAUCCGCAUGUGGCGCGUGUAGCUGCCGCAACCGCCAGGUCCCUGGGACCUCAUCCAAAGAACCCUGGGAAGAGUUCCAACAAUAAUCAGGCGUUUUGCAACGACGGACUCUCACCGUCCUCAUCAAACCAAGCAGUCCCUGAUAUCGCUCUUCCCCCGAGUUCAGAUGGUCGGUCGAGGUCUUCGGGGCGUCAGUUCCUUUUGCGGCAAGAGACAACCGUGAGCGCGGCCCCAGAGAAUCCCCGUCCAUCUUCUCCUGUAUCGCUGCGAAGAUUACCUAGCACGCCACCCUGUGGCCAGCGACCUGGAAGCCUUCCAAAGUCGGCAAACGUUCCUCUGUCUCCUCUUCACCCCGCGUCGGGACGCCGCAUCACCACCAGAGAGCCGGAGUCAGGCGCCCGACCACGGCUCAUGCACUCAUCUGGGAUGAAGCCAGACACUCAUGAGUCUACGGCCGAAGGAGUCGGAUGUGAAGUUUUUUCGGUGUCGGCCAGCGACCGGGGAAGCGCCGGCACUGCAGGCGUUGCAUGCUCGAGUUUAGAACGAGGCCAGACACAAGGACGCUGUACAGGACUGUUCGAACCCCAACCCAGUGGGGUGUCUCCAGAUGGAAAGAAGGGACGAAACGUCGCACGCCACGCGUUCAGCACCACUGCUAUUGUGGGCCGGUCACUCCACUCCAACGACACUCUGUCCAUGAUUCCAGAGCGCGGUGACACACAUCACGGAGGCCAUAUGGAAGGGGCUGAACACAACGCUGCUGCAAGGUCUAUCCUAAAGCACCCGCCUUCAUUCGCAUCUCAGGACAACGUGGAGAGUGAUUGCGCCAAUACCGUUUCGGUAGGGAAAGGAACGGGUGACCAGUGGGGAGUGGCAGAACAGGUGAAGGCCCCUCCCCAGUGUCAAUAUGAGCCGACGGUGAAAACGAUAUCUCCCGCAGAGCCCGAGAGGGCCUCAGCGCGAUUGUCUACUUCAGGAGGUUCUGGAGUUUUGGGGGAUUGCCUGUCUUCUGCAGAAGAAACAAGACGCCUUUCCUCUUGUUCGUGCUCUUCCCCAGCGUUCCGACCGUCUCCGGCGAGCCCGAAAGAAGAGGGUAGCGGCGCCAGAGCCGCCGGCCCGCUGGUUCUGGAGGCAAAUGGGGGCCUGCUUAAUCUGCCUCUCUCGUGGCUCCUUCCCCGCGCAUUUGUCGCUAGCGAACUGCGCCGCACUGAAAACCAGGGGAGGAGUGGACGUUCGGUCCGUGUGUCUCCGAUGGGAAGACGAGGGGAGAAGGAAGACCCCAUGGUGGCCGACCACGGUGGAAGUCUCACAGGAGAAAGCCCUGUGCUGAGUCACCGUCUUUCCUGGGGUGUCAGCACGACCUUUUCUGGCACAGGCGCCAAAGGAGAGAGACAGGCGGGUAAGAGAGAGGGUCACUUCGGUACGGACGCGCCUCGAAGGUCUUGCGACGACGAUGGUCGGAAAAAGAGUGAAGAAGCUGGCUGCGAUUUCGGCGGAUGGAGUCCGUUGUCGGGUGCAGACUCCGACGCGUCGAUGAUGAGCUGGGAGGCGGACUUCGAGGUCGAGCCUCUCCUUUUGCUUCCACUUAAGUUCCUGGAAGAGGCGCUUCAGCGCCAAACGGUUCAGGCUGAAGCGGUCUGUCAGUACCUGCAAGGAGUGGACUAUGACGGAGACGACUGCCGGCCAACGAACAACGAACGGGAGGUCAUGAGCGACGGCAGGCGCGACAGCGAGCCCUAUACCGGUUGGCAGAGAUCGGUCGGUAUUUCGGGACGUCUCACGCGAUUCCAGAGUCUUGAAGGAGCCGUAGAGAGGGACAUUUCGGGGUCGAGCAACACGCGUCGUUUCGCAUCCGCGGUGUCAUCAUGGGGGCGCCACGACUCCUCUGAUGACCGUGCCUGGCACCGAGGGUGGCCCUCAGGCAGCCCACUGUGGCCACGUGAUCGGCGCACCAGGCCGGAGCCACUGUCCGGUUCUCCCGCGUUCAGGGAGAUGGGGGACGAGCCGUUGGAGAUCGGGCCUUCAGAGGUUAACGGCGAGCGGCAGCGAGACGGGGUCCUGACCAGAUAUGGGUGGUCCCCACUGUCGGGCCGGCAACGCAACGCCAGGUCCGGGAGGUUUGCGCGACGCCUGCGUUUCGCCACUCUCAGGCAUGAACAGACGCCGGCGCCUGAGGAGCAUGGCAUCGGGAGUUUCGGCGACAAACUCCAAACCGUAGGCGCACUUCCCAGACGUCGCCGGGUUGGACUUCGUGCCCGCUCUGUGGGCUCUGAAGAAUCCAUCGAGCUCCGCGGCUCAUCCUAUGACGACGGAGCGAGCGAUCCGGAACUGUAUGGGUCGCUGACCUGCAGCGACUCGUCCCCAGAACUCACCCCCCAGAGUGUCUCCUCGCCUCUCGGGAGCGUCUGCCAGAACCGGCUCGAGUCGAAAGACGCAUGGGCGUCGAAAAACCUCUGGACCUCGUUUUUUGACAUCGAUGGGGGCCACCCAGCGGCGACUACUUUAGGGAACUACACAAGCAACGUUCGCGACUAUGAGGUAUGGAGCAGCCGCGAUCGAGCUUCGAAUGUCACUCUGGGUGACGAGGCGAGGGACCAACGCCGGUCCACUUCCUCACUCGUGGGGGUUCUCGGAUGGCAGCGUGACCGCAGCAGCAGCGGGAGCCUGGCCAACACAUGGCUGUCCCUCCCCGACUACGGCGGGAGUUCGGAAGGAGAUAACCGACUGGGAAGGCCGACUGCCCCUCAUGGGCUCGUCUUGAGUGCGCUGGCUUUGAGGCGCAUCGAAGCGGCAAGGGAGAUGGAAUCCGCGAUACGCACUGGAGCCGUCGAAAUUCUGAACAGGGCGAGAAACUCUAGUGCGUUGACAACAGGGACAAGUGUAGAGGUGUAUCGGUAUUUGUUUGACCUGGCAUCUGCACUGGGAGCGAAGGCGUUGCUUCCGCAUCAGUGCUUCCAAAGUGUCGUCCAGUGUCCGAGCUUCAGUGUGGCGGCCUACACUGUGCCGCCUCACACGCUCGACUUCCCGGAACGAUGGGUCCCUCUCUCGCUGCCUUUCCUCGAUCCUGUGCUAGCGGCUGCUUCAGCCUCUGCACGAGCCCCCAGUGGCUCUCCGGUUCACCACGGUCGAGGCCACGCCUGGGCCUCAUCAGGGGCCGGCAGGAUGUCGAGACGCAACACCGAAGUCUGCCGAAGGAUGGAGACGGUGCCCGAGCACAUGCUGUUCAGCUGCCAUGUGAAUGCACUCGGAACUCCCUACCAGGCGAGUGAUAGGCUUGGCAGUCGGCGAAGGUAUGCUGUUGAGGAUCCUGGAGAGGUGGCAGAACGCGACGCAGUCCCAACCUCUGGGUUCCUCCGGCGUAUCUUCUCCAGGCGCACCUCUCGGUCCAGGACGAUGUCAGCAGAGAGUUGGGAGUCUCGGUCGACAUCAAGGUCCUCGUCGCUCAAAUGGAGCGUCACGCACCAGCGUUGUCCGCCUGCGUGUCAGACUGUGGACGCCCUCUACCAUGAAAGGACAGUUGCCGAGCAGGGCUUGGGAGCACUUCAACAGGGAGAUGCGGCCGCGGCGACCAGCGAGUCUGCCUUGCACCACGCCAUCUCGUCGUUACCUCUGCCGUCUCGCACGCACUCAGAUAGGUCUUCUGUCUCGUGGUGCCAUUCGCACGGUCAUCAGCCCCCGUCCACACCCAUGACACCCCCAGGCCACAGUGACCACCAGGCGGGCAAUGAAGAGAGCCGAAGCGCGCUUCGUCUUCACGCGGGAGAAGAACGCGGAGGGAGAGACGUCACAGCCACCUUGGAUAGGGGCAACUCUUGUGUUGGCGUCAGUGGUCAAGACGGUGUCUGUCUUCCCUGGAGCUGGGGCGGGGAUGAAGACACGGGGCAGCGUGUGGAGCCGUACCCUUCACGCUCCAUCAGGGCUAUGACUGUCUCCUCUGCGGUCACAGGAACCUCAGAACAAGCCUCUCGAGACAUGCAAAGCUGGAGCAGAUUCGCCUCAGACUCGGGUGGAACUGGGGAGAUGAACAGGCCUGGCGGAGAGAGGCCUUCGGCGACAACGGGUAUCUCAGCACACUGUGGGGGGGGCAAUGAGGGUCUUCUGAGGGCCCAGGAGCACCGACCAGAAGAGACUGGGCGAGACCCUCCCCGCGACACAGUGGUGGCCACAAGAUCCGGGCAACGGUGUGUGGCUCUCGCCGUCACCGUGUAUGGCAAAACUCGGGACUUCCUUUCCGAGACAGAUCCCCUCUUCUUUGAGAUCGGCAUCGAAGCACCACUUCGGAUCGGAAAUCGUCUUCUUGACUCAAUCAAGAUUUCUUGUCUCGAACCGAGAGCCUCACCGUCGCCUCCAGCCACUCUCCCACACCUCCAGAGCAGCCGCCUGUAUCAGACACUCGCCUCGAUGUCUCUGUUUAACUCUCACCAGCCCUCGAGGCACUCCCGUAGGCAGUCCUCCAUGAUGGACGGUUGCCCGUCUGAGUGGCGGUUUCAGUGGCAGUCUCUGACGCAUGGGCAGAAGCUCCCCGGGUCUUCUAGAGACGCGGCGGCGGCACCUGAGGUUCUCCAUUCUCUGUCUCACUCGGUCGUUCCCACGCCAGAACAGACCCAAGACGCUCACCCGGCGAGCCCCCCCGGCUCCCCAGUGGGCGGGGACCCGGCGCCUGUGGCGACCCCGCCUGCGGUAGUGUCUCGUAGCCCUGCGGCGGUGUCGAAGACUGGAGCAGUGCCGGGAAUUACCUCGACAGUUGUUCAACCUGGGGAAGACAUUGCUAUCGAGGAGGCGUGUACGGCUCUGACCGUCGAGUUUUCUGUCAACAGUGCUCAGCAUCCGUUUCGCCACAUCUACGAGUCGACCGCGUUUCCCCUGGACUCGCCUCUCAGCCCCGGUUCAGCCAUGCUCGACGAAAAACUCGUCCUGAAGAGGACCCGCAUCGUCGACAGUAGCAAUCGCCAGGUGCCCCCUUCCCAUCCCCUCUACCUCUUCUUGGCAGAUCUCGCCCCACAAGAGAUCGUGAUCGCGGCGGAGACGGCUAGCGGCUCGGCCUCUCUGGCAGCCGGGGCCUGUGUCGAGACAUCGGCCGCUGUCUUUGGACUCCACAGGGACCCGCGCCGCACCCGUCUGAGUCACGGGCACGAUGCGGGGCGCGGCGAGGCCCAGUUGCCCUGCGACAGGCCGCGCCUUCCCCCUCUUUCUCGAAGCCAGGAGGCCCGCGUUGUCGGGCCUUCUCUCGGCGCCCUGGAGGGACGGCGGGGUCGCGAGGCGUCGCCGCGAACGCGUCUGUCCUUUCGGACUGUGGAGGAUGCCGAGGAGGCUGGGUGUGGGGUGGCUUCUUCCGCUUCGAAUUCGGAGGCGGAACAAAGCGCGCUGCAGUCGGCGGCAUGCGGCAUCUAUGGAUCUGAGUCGUUCCAGCAAGCUUCGGCCUCCCCAUUAGGGCCUCGUGCUCGCGGGUCUGCCUGUUCCCUGAGGUUAGGCGCUGCCUCGGACUGGUGCUCGCGUCUCCCGCUUGGCGACAAAACCGAUAGCAUAGACGCACGACUCACCCACGCGUUUCCAGAGAAGAAGGGGGCCCCAUCCGCCCUGUUGGUGUCCAGAGACGCAUGGACAGAACCGACCCAAUUAGUCGCGUGUGGAACAGCAGUGAGAGCAUCCGUGCACAUGGCCUGGGGACGAGUCUCUGAGAGUUUGAGGACCUUCGUUUGGGAAACCUCUGUUCGGACUGUGAAGCUUUUUGCGCCCUUCUGGGUCGUCAACAGGCACCCAGAGCCGAUCCUUGUCGUGCAGCCACACGUAGGCCUGCCCCAGAGGAUCGGCAGCACCGACUGGCGAGUGCUGUCCUGUAGUGGUCCCCGAGAAAAGACGUCCCUUCGCCUGGGCCUGGCGGAACCUCUGAGUCUGCAGUGUGCGACGCACCGAGGUUCAGGGGCUCGAGGCGUCACGGCCGCGGCCACCGGAGACGAGAAGGCACGAAAAGGCGGCGCAGAGAACAAAGAACUCACGCCGAGCCUCACACGCGUCGGUGAGAAGAUCGUUCAGUUUCUGUUCAGGAAAAGCAAGGCCUCCGCGGGCGUGGACGUCUGCGCGGAAGCCAGUGAUUGCGAGGGACAAAGGAACGCAGACAAGACAGAGCCCCGUCUAGGCAAGGCCUCGAGUGAAGACCCGUCUGCCGGGCAGCGCGAGGUCGGCGCAGAGCACGAAGAUAGGAAUUGUGUGAGCGCGGCAGCCACGCAAGUGCCCUCAGCAUCCGCAGCUGGAACGUUAUCUCCACCUUUUCGCGUGGACAUUGUAGGUCGCGUUUCUCAAGUUGUGAUUCCCAGGGCCGAAGGUCGCCGUAGCAUUUUCUGGGGCUUGCUCAGUGGCGGGAGAGCGUCGAACACGAAGGCUGCGAAUUCGGGCAACCCGCCGCACUGGCUAGGCGUCACUGUCACUCGUGGGCCGCCGCCAUUCGCACGCACAAAAAUCAUCAACGUCUUCAGUCGCUUCACGCUUGUCAAUAACCUCUCAUUCGACCUGUGGAUCGCCGAAGGCGGCGCACCUGUCCCCUCGGGGGUGAGCAAUCCUGGCGAAGCUCAGACGGAGACUGAAAGCGACGAGAGGCAGCUGGCGACUCAGCGUCAGGCCGUCUUUCGUGGCAACGACGGACAGCGGAUGCAAUCGGGAGUCAUUCAUCUGGCCUCUGGGCGCCAGAUGGCCUUCCACCCGCAGCACGCCGGUCGCGGCGGCGUACCUUCCAUUAUCUUCUCUCUGGUUGCACCAUCUCUGACGCGUAAUAAUCGCGAAGAAUUCCAGAAAGCCCCAGCUCUCCGGAGCCGCAAGACCUGGGGGACUCCGCCGGACGAUCGCCUGGAAGCGGAGCGUCUCGCGGGACGAUGCGACUGUGGAGAGGAAGCACCCCGGCCUUCAGGCGCCGUUUCAGAUGCCGAAGGAGCUUUGGCGAACGUGGCGGUGCACCAAGGAGACCGUGGCGAAGGGCGGAGCCUGUGUCGGGCACCGGGAUCGCUUGAUAUCCCACGGAACGCGUGCGACGAAGGAGAUCGUCCACAUAAUACGGUACCCGACGCAUCCAAGUGCGUAGUCUCACGUGGGUCGAGUUGGGCCGUUGCGACCACACGCAGCGAGUCGCCCCAGUUUUCGGUCUCCAACGAGGACAAGAGUGAAGACCUCUGCACGAGUUCCGGAGUGUCUCGGCAACUGACCGGUUUUUCUCAGUUGGGCGGAAACGCUGAUGUGGCGGGCACCCCUUUCAGGCAGACGAAAAGCUCACCGCCACUGCGAGGGACGACGGAGCCAUCCCUUAUGAGUGUUACAGGUCAGGGCGGCGGCGUAGAGCGAGAGCUGUCUCUCGUAACGGUCGCGGACACAGCGCUGUCUUCGCGGUCGACCUCCCAGAAGCCAGCGGGCCUGACUGUCCGGAGGCUGGGCAAGCAAGAGGCUGCUUCCGCGUCAAUUCCCACCUGGUCGUCUGAGAUUCAAAUCAACCGGGUUUGCCGCUUUCAGAUUCGUUUGCCUAUCGCAUCCCGGUGGGACUCACCGCCGAGCGGGAAGGAUGGGACGAAGCUCGCCGACAGAGCUGUAGGGGAGCAGACGAGCCCAAAACAGUCCGAGGACGAGACGGGGCGCCCUGUUCCCCACUCGCAUGUUCGCGCAGCCGCGCCGUUGUCCGGACAUGAAGGCCCGACUAGCGGCGUCUGCGCGACUUCUGAACACAUCAAUGUCCGCAGUAUGAGCCCUCGCCACUUCGGCUCCAGAGUCCUGUCGCUUCGGUCGAAGACUUCAGGGUCCUUCCGCCGCAUCCCAGGACUUGGAACUGCCGGGGACGCGGCGGCGGGCGGGGCAGGCGGCCCCUUCGGAUCUUUGGUGCCGACGUCGGGGAACGAAUCGCAGUCCAGACGCCCGCCGGACGAGGGCGCCCUGGUGCUCGACAUCGGGCCUGCCGUCGCCCGGUCAAGGCGUCAAUACGUGAUUGUCGAGGUCGAGAUUCGAGCGCUUGAGGAUGCGGCGUUGUUUAUCUGCUUUUCUCAGCCGAAACGAGCGGAGUUCCUUCUCGUCAACCGUAGCCGGAGGGUGGUCCAGUUCUCUCAGGCGGGCGCAGGCCUCAAGAAUCGCGCCCAGAAAGACAUCCUUCUUCCAGGCGAAAAGUGCGACUUUGCGUGGCAAGAGCCGCAGCGGAGUCGCCGCAUCAUGCGCUUCAGCGUCUUCGACAGUGGACAAGUGUUCAGUCGGACAUGCGAAAUCGAGAGGGUGAAGCAACACCGAUCUCUUCAGCUCCCAAGGCGUCCGACCCACCGGUCGAGCAGCCCCUACGGCGUACCUCAAAAUCGGCGGGACUCGACGACGUCGACCUCCUCUGGCGAAGACAGACUGUUCUUCACAACCGACGUGCACCAAGGAAGGCGUGUCGUGAUUAUUUCCGAGGUCUGUCCGCGAACGUCUCUACUCCUGAGCGGGCCUCUAAGCGCUUCUCCAGGCGCGUUCCCCGUCCCCGUACCGUUUGCGCCGAGCGCCUUCGACUACUGCUACUCGGGGAUCUGCGGACCGGACGGUCCCGGAGGGUUUCCUGUUGGGUUUCCGCAGCAAAUGAGAUCUGCGGUUGCAGGACCCCCGGCAGCACUGGUACAGCGAGAGAGCAGCGUCGCCCCGACUGCCGGUCAAGGAAACGUGAGCGAUCGGCUGGCGCAUGCGGCGACGGCCCUUGGCCGCGGGGCCAACUCGAAGGGGUUAAGAAGGGACGUUAGCCUGCUGAGGCCGUUCUCUCUCAUUUCUCGCCACUCCUCAAGCCGCAGCAUCAACAGCCUGGCGUCGAGCUCCGGUUUCCACAGCGGCCCCGACUGGCCAUUUCCCGAGCCUCAGUCAGAGGCACGGGACGGAUGGGGGCCAGGCGCAGGUCACACCAGUGACUUUGUCUUCCCGUGGGUCCGCGGAGGUGGUAUGUCGCGGAGCCCAAGCCAGCGAAACGCGAGGGAGGGCUCUGACAAGCCUCUGGGAGGUUUGCCCCAGAAAACGGUCCUCGGCAUGGUGUUCCCGUCUUCUCUCUCAGCGCGAGACCGAGGCCGGAGUUCCGCUGAAAUGGUGAAGGGCCGAAGGCGAGUGAGUGUUUCGAGCGAGCCGGAUGUAACGUUGAAGCGAAGUGUCUCCGAUGAGGCGAUUCACACGCGGGGACGAACCCUCAAGAGCGGCGGGGCGCUGGCGGGCUCCGGGCGGCUCAAGGCCCGACUGCAUAUGCACUCAAGCAAAUGUCGAGCUGGCCCUCUAGUGACGGACGUGGAAGGUGCGAGAGACCGGAUCUUGUUCAUUCCGCGAACUUGGGCGCCGACCCGCUUCGAAUCCGACACCAGCUUCCACGGUUCUGGAGUCUGCUGGCCAUACCACGAGACCAGACAGUCCCAGUGGCGCGGCGUAACGAGCAGUCUGCCAGGCGCCGGGUCGCGAAACCCCAGCAUUUACUCGGAAUGGACCGAGAGGGGCGACUGGAUGAGGAAAGGCUCGACUGCGUCGUCCAGGUGGAGACAGGACGGGACUGGGAAAUCGUCCGCUCCGAACCUGCGACAGCGGAUGUGGUACUCACUGCCCGGUCGCCACGAUUCUGCAGACGCAAGGCCCUAUUCACGAUGUGACACGUUCUUCUCAAUGGACACCCGAGGAAGUUUUUCCCGCUGCUCUGGGUCGAGAUCUGUGUUCUUCCCCUGGGAAGGCGAAAGUGCAAGGAUCACCGACCUCCUCCCUUUCUCGCAAUGCCCAAGCGUCGCGAGCGAGGGCUGGAGAGGCCGAGGGCGACUUGAAACAGACGAUGAACUGACGGUAUGGCCACCAAGUUCCUUGGAAUCGCAAACGCCAUGUCAACUUCUUGGCUUCGCCCAACCCUCGUGGGGCCCGCCGCUCCACUGCGUUCCGGCGGCGUUCUUUGAAACCAGCGAAUGGCCACCCCACGACUCCGAGCGCUGCUUGGUGGAGGCCAGAGACCGACGGAACAGUGCAUGCACCAGCCGCAGUGGCAGUCUUGGUCGAUUUCUCAGCCAAGGCUUGCCGCCCGUGAGGCCAUGGAAGGCCACUCGCCGCUGGAACGGGUUCGGGCCAGAGGCGGUCUCUUGUGUUUCACGAUGUGGAGCCCGAGUCGCCGCCGAGGCUCACGAACGAGAGAGCAGGUGGCUUGACAGUGACGACGAGAAAUCGGGACGCAAAUGGACAGAAGCAACGGACCGGGAAGGCGAACGAAGCCGGUCACGACGAAUGAGCACGGAGUCAGAGGACCAGCUGGACGCCGCCACUGGGUUGGAGAAGAUGCCGGACACCAGCGAAACGGAGUUCGACAGUUCCGAACAGGAUGGUGGAAGUGAUCUGUCGGACUCGAACUCUGCAUGCAGUGAAACGGACGACCGGGACGAAUCCAAUGACGGUGCCAAUCGCUCGGUGCGUCGCCAGGCGUCGGUGACUCGUUUGUGGGACGCGUUGAGGCGGUCUCGAAGUACUCGGAGCGAGUCCAGUGGCGGUCGCGGUCUCCGGCACCUGCACAUGCCUGUUCACUCGAUCGUGGCGCUGCGCAAGUUGGGCCGAGCUGAGACGAAUUCGUCGCUGCUGAGAACUUCCUCGUCGUCUUCCGCGAAGCCACGCGCAGUCGAGCCCGGCCUCCGCGGGCUCUUCAGCGGCCACACAGGACCCGCUGUGUGUGGCGACAGUCCGUCUCCGUCGCGGAGCCGUGUCCAGUCGGCGGAAGCCGUUGAGGAGUUUGGAAAGGGAAGCGACAGAAAGCAGCGUGGUCAGAAAACGAAGUCUGAGGAUCCGGCGACAACGCGCGCGGGGUCUCCGCCCGAGUGCCGAGGGAGCGUCAGCGCUGCAGUGGAUAGGUCCGAGUCAGCAACGACACGAAGCAACAAGGGAAGACGCAGGCGGCUUCCACCGAUAGGCGGAAGGCCAACGGAGGAACAAGGAGAGGAAGAAGUCGGUGGACGGCGAUCGCGGAAGCAUUGUUGUUCCAGGGAGACCCGCGGCAAGCGCAACUUGAAAUCCGCGAGUCUCCACUCCUCACAGUUCCUAUCCCAGUCCUUGAAAGAAGCCGGGCGAGCGCACUCUGACGAUGAGGCAACAACGGGAAGGGAGAGACGGCGACAUGGUCAAGGCGAACCGGUCCUUCUGGCUGACAGACUUUGGAUGGGAGGCGCCGCGGAACGAACAGGGCUUCCACGAUCGAACACCGGGAGUGGCGGCUUCGGAAAAGCGCGUGUGCACUACGGUCGACUUCCGUGGGCUCUGGAUCCUUCGCAGUCGAGAAUCGGCGAUCCACCAAUGCCUAAUUCAUUUGGACGCGCCUCAGCGAAGGUGGCCGCCGCAAGAUUUCAAUCCGCCGCCUUUGAGGCUCGUUCAACGGGACCCAGCCGUGUCGGUCAGCUCCCCGCCAUUUUGAAUGUUCCCCAACAACCAGGAUAUGGAGGCUCAAAAGCAGCUCAGGCAGUGUCGCUUCUCCCAGAACUGCGGAACGGGCCAGGACACUCGAGAUGGGGAGCACCAACGAUGCGCCGGCAUUCUACUCCUGAUGCGCUCGCGGAUCUGUCGCCGCAUUCUGGACAAAUGCGUGGAGGCCCGAUUUUCCCGUUGAUAUGCCGGCAAGAGGAGGGCGGUUUUCAACGAAAUAUGCAUCACGCUUUCCCUGUCUAUUCUUGUCCCUAUCCACCUUUGCCCGUGGCGGACGACGGGUUCCCUCCGGACGCCUCUGUCCAGGAGGGACUACCAGUCGCCCGUCCUCCAUCGUCUUCGUUUUUCCCCGCACUCGCUAAUGUGACGUUUCUUAUGGAAGUGCAUCUCCAAGGUUGUGGAAUUUCUUUGGUGGAUGACAGUCCCCAGGAGCUUCUGUACAUCGGGGCCUCAGGGGUUCGGGCAGCGGCCCGGUGUCCAGACCUGCCUCACGUAGCUGCGCCUGCCCCGCGCUGGGGGCCUGCCUGGGAUCCUGCUUCACUCCUCUACUCAGCGCCCAGUGCCGCCUUCCUUGGAUUCUACGGCGGUUCGGGACGACACGCAGGGGGCCGUACAGACUUCCUCUUCUCGAUUCGCCGCUUCCAAGUCGAUAACGGAACAACGGGGGCGCGCCACGAGACGGUCGUCCGGCCCUGCACGGACGAGGAGCUGAUGCAGCACCAGGCAGCUGGCGAUAAGAAAGCCAAGGCGGGGGCGACGCUUGGGGAAGGCGUCCUGACGGGUGCGCAGGUGGGCACGAUCAUCGCGAGCUCGAUUCGCCCGUACAUCCUCUGGGGCGAGACAGAGCAAGGCCCGCAGGGCCCUGAUAAGGUGCGAAGCAGAGGCGGGGAGUGGGUGCCGGGCCGUCCGAGCGGCGCCGUGCUGUCUGCAGGCGCCUCGAGCAAAGGCUGGUGCAGGAGGCGGCGGCUGCGGCGUCUGGAGGAGGCUGAAGUCGAGAUGAAGCGUGAGGACGGCGAAGAAGCGUUUCUGCGGGUCCAGUUUGGCGGGCGAUCUGGCCAAGAGGCCACGGUUCUGCAGUACUUUGACUGCGCGCUCGCGCCCGUGUCUCUUCACCUGGAAGUCGACACGACCUUCGAGCUCAUCCGCUAUCUGCUUUGUUUCGUCCAGCUCCGCAACGUGUACUUUCGGGCUUUGCAGACGAAAAGUGUGCGGGAAAUCCGUGAAGCAGCGAGCAUGGAUUCACGCACUGAAGGAUUCAAGAAGUUCCGAGACCUGCCCCGCGUCCCGGCCGCCAAAGUCGCCAGCACGAAGCCAGUGUACAUCAGAACGUUCUGCAUUAGGCCGAUCCAGAUUCUCCUCUCGACUCGUGCCCCUAGAGAGCACCGGAGACACUUGGCGAUGACGGGAAUGGACGCGGUCGCUAUGCGGCAGUUCCAGCUCGUUGGCGGAACGAUGACGGACGUCACCAACUUCCCUAUGAAGUUCCGCCUCGUUCUUCAUCGAGCCGUCUUCAGCACAAGUGACCAGCUCGGGGAGGCGCUGUUGAGGCUGUACGCGCAGCAGGGCCUCCGCCAGGUCCACAAGCUGGUCGCCUCCAUCGACAUCAUUGGCAACCCGCUGAGUCUGGUGACCAGCUUCUCUGCUGGAACAAAAGCCUUCAUCAGAGACACAUUUGUCAGAGGCCAGAACAACGCAGACGACGUUUCCGAGCCGUCGCGUGUGGCCUUCUGGCGAGGCCUGCGGCAGCUGGUCGCAGCUGUCGUCAUGGGUUUGUGUGAAUCGAUCAGCAACCUCGUGUCUGGGAUCUUUCGGCUCUUCGAGUACCUCCAUCUGGUUGAAGGAGACAGCUUGCGAGCCAUGUGGCCAGCUUCGAUCCGUGUCACGCGAGAGGAUAUUGAGAAUCCGACCAACUUGUACAAUGGCUUCAAGUGCGGCUCGCUAGGAGCCCUCCAGCUCUUUGUUUCGUCGGUUGUGGCGACCGUCGUCUAUCCGGUUCGGGGCGUCCGACAGGGCGGGCCCGUAGGCCUCCUUCUCGGGCUCGUCUUUGGUGUCACAGCUCUGGUCUUCGGGACCAUAGGUAGCGCCCUGGCUUUCAUUCAGUGCACCUCCCGAGGCUUGUCCAACUCGCUCAAAAGGGCGGAGACCGUCCCUCUCAUCCGCCCCCCUCGCGUCUUCCCUUCAAACCACACCGUUCAACAAUAUUGCUUCCAUAGAGCUCGAGCCAUGAAACUUCUUCGGGACAGCAUUCCCUCCGCCGCAAGUCGGGGUGUCCUCCAGCCCCUCGAAUCUGCUCUGCCCCUGAGGACAUCGACAGCAGCCCGCAGCCGACGCCACGUGCACUGGGCCCCAGGCAGCGGUGCAGCUGGCGCGUUGGGGCCUACGGUUUCUGGGUCUGCAACCGUGAAGCGGAAGGGAGGCGCUGCUCGCAGUGGAGCUCCAGAACCGAGCCUUGCCAAGGGAGGCUGCGUUCACGAAUGGGACUACGGAAAACAGGCUGUGCUUGGGAAGGGCGACACACACGUUAACAGUUCUCUGAAAUGUUUGAGUCGACAAAGAAGCUCGGAGGGCUCCUCUGAAGCGAAUGGCGCAGCAUGUGGGUUAGCCAGCGGGCGCCCGAAAGUCGGAACUCCAGACGAGAGGGCACUGCCGAGCCUAUGUACAGGGAUCUGGCCUUCAGAUGCAUCGGUAGAACCCAGGGACUACGUGGUGGCGACUUCAGAACUGGUUCUCUGUAUCCUGGAGGGCCGUGCGAAGUGGGUCGCUCGCAAACAGGACAUCCUCGACGUUCGUGUCCUCUGUUGUUCUUCUCACGGCAGCCCAGGUUUGCAGCCGCUCCUUCCUGGAGGCGCUGGGCACUGCUGGACAUGGAGCGGGCGCUUCUGGGACUCACACACGAGUGGACCAACUCUGGGCUUCACGCUGACAGAUCCAGGAGCCUUUCCCGGACGACACGAAUUUGGGGGACCUGCGCCCUUAGGCCAUCCUGAACGCGAAGGUGAACCGUCUGUGCAUUCGUCGGUCGACCGCUUGCCUCUCCGAGCUUGGCUGGGUUCGCCUAGCGGCGUUGGACGACUGAAUCACGACUUGCAGUCACCGCCGGCGUCUUCUCCGCCUAGGAGACAGGCGAGCGCUCUACACGCUGGAGACCCUGUCUCAAUGUCUCACGAUGUGUCCUUGCCAUCGACUGCGGGCACAAGCGGAAGCCGUGGAAGGCGACUCUCUUACUGUUUGCAUGCAGUGUCUGAAGCAGGCGUGGCAGUUGAAAGGGCUCACGUCGCCCGACACAGUCCCGCGACAGGAAUGUCGCAGGCAUGGCCUUCUACAGCUGCGAGGGCCACCGACGUAACUGGCUUGCCAAACCGGUCGCGGCCUUUGGCUUUCUCUGGGGAGAUCAUUGUUCGCGUGACGGUUGUCAAUCGACUGAAAUUGACAAGGGAAGAACUCAUGGACCCCCAAGCUGCCUAUCGAGCUUACGUAGAAGAAGCCGCUGCUCGCGAAGCAGAGGCCGAUGCUGCGGGGAGGCGCGGCCGUUGGACCUGGCUGACCGCGAAGAACGUUUUUCAUCAGGUCAUUGUCGGCGGGAAUGAAACGGGCGAUCUAGAAGCUAUCGCCAGCUUUGCUCGCCAGAGUCACCUCUCGUCGCAUGGAGAGCGGUGGGGACAGCUGAGCAUGCUGAGCAGUAAGGGGAAAACAUCUGGGCGGUCUGGGGACGCUGGGUACUUUCGGGGUCGUUUAGCGACUGAAAUCCGAUUUCCGCGAAACCAGGACACGCGACAGGACUGGUGGUCCAAUCCGAUCCACAGCAUCGAAGGGCGGGCGCUCGACCGACGGCGGCAGGAUCGGUUUCGAGGCGCUGGGCACAUUCCUGUGAUUCGUGAAAACCCAGAAGACUCGGAACGACACUGGAAAGAAGAGGCUUUUGGGAGGCGAGACAGCGAUUCUUCCGAAGAAUCGAAAAGCUCGGCAGUGCUCUCCGCCAGCCCGGGCGCAGCCGACUCGUCAUGUGGCGACCGAAGUCCGUUUGGAUUCACCGUCACAACGCUGCGAGGUGCCAAUCACCCAUCUGGCCCGAGAGACCGAGAGUACUCGAAACAAAGGGACCGAGAGACAACUUCCGUUCAUGAAGGAGCGAGUUUGUCAGGGUCGUCAGCGAGCGACGGUGGAAAAGGCGACCGAGGAGCGGGGAAUUUGCCAGGGUCCAGACCACUCUGGGGCCGCGGCCCGGCGUUGGGAGCUGCCCCGACGACUCGCGACGUCUCACUUCAGCUUCAAGCUGUUACUGUGACUCGAGAAAUGGAUGAGAGUCCCGCCGACUCCCUCGAGGAGUGCCUUGUAGCCGAGGGCGGAAACGAGACUGAUGUGGAUUCUAGGCGCCUCGGUGAGGCAGGGGAAGACCCUCUAUGGCCUGUCAAGGUGUGUGGUGCUGCAGAUCGAGGGUGUUACAGAAAAGGGGUAUUUGAGGGUGAGGGAGGGCCAGCGAUGUGUGUGGAUAGUACGCAGGAGAGGCAGCGGAAGAAACAAGGAGCUGAUCAAAGACACAAGAUCACAAAGGGCCAAGACACAGUUGGGCAAAAACUGCAGCGUGUGCUGAUGCGGUGGCGCCACACGAAUUCUGACGUGCCUGACACCAUCACAUUCGAAGUCAAAGUCAGCGACUUGUGGACCGCAGCCGAGACGUUUGCCUUCAUUUCGCAGUUUGUUCGUGUUGUGGGGAAGCGCUGA